AUGGCUCCCACUCCUACUCCUUAUAUCCUUGAUCUACCUGGCUACACACUGGAUGUGCUCAAGAACGACAUUGAUGGGGUAACGCCACAGUAUCAAGCAUAUCAAUGGUUGACCAAGGAUCCCAAUGUGGAGAGCUACUCUCUAGAUCGUCUUCUGCAGAGAUUUGCUUUAGCAUGCCUCUAUUACAGCACCAAUGGUGAUGCCUGGUAUAAGGGAGCACAAACAGCAAUGUCAAACAACAACAAUGAUGAUGACAACAACAACAACAACAGCACUGGGACCAGUGGAAAUUCCAACCAACGCUUGUUGCGCAGAGAAAGAAGAACUGCAAUGCGACAGAUUCAAGGGAGUCCUCAGGGAACGAUACCUGGCUCAUCCAUAGAAAUAGCCCGACCAAAAACCCCAGGGGAUGGUCCAGACCCAACUGGAAGUGGUGGACCUUGUGGUAAUGACCCCCCAGCUGGGGUUCCCCCAGGAGGAGGACCGCCUGGUGGAGGACCGCCUGGUGGAGGGCCGCCAGGAGGAGGACCGCCAGGAGGAGGACCGCCAGGAGGAGGACCACCACCUGCUGGCUCUUGUGGACAGGGCCGACCACCUCCGAGACCUCCAGUUGGCGGGGAAGCGCCGGGUAGAGGGUCAGCGUGGCUUUCCUACUUCGAUGAUGAGUGUGAUUGGUUUACAAAUAACCCACCCGGUCCAUCUACAUGUGAUGAGGAUGGGAUGUACAUCCGCCUCAACCUUGAAUCCAACGGAUUGCAAAGCUCAAAUUUGCCAAAUGAACUGGCGCUACUCUCUGGUAUGAAACCUUUGAAAUUGGGCGGCAACAACAACUUGCAAGGCACACUAUCCAGUUUUUUGUUUGAAGCUUGGCAUCAAAUCAAUGUCUUAACUUUUGAAGGAUCGUCCUUGAAGGGGAGUAUUCCUAGUUCGAUUGGACUCAGCAACAAUUCCCUCGUAACUCUUGUUCUGCAGAAUAAUCAAAUGACUGGUUUGGUGCCUGAUUCACUAUUCAGCUUGUCCCGCCUGGAUACUCUCAAGCUGAGUCAAAACAAAUUUUCUGGCACUCUUCCUGGCGAUGUGUUGUCUGGUCUAGGCAGUCUGAGGGUCUUUGUGGUAGAAUGGAACAACUUUGGUGGCAGUAUUCCAACAGAAAUUCAGGCAAUGACAAGUUUGAGCAUUUUCUCAACACAUGGCAAUUCCUUUUCUGGUACAAUCCCAUCAGAAGUGGGCCUAUUGACAAAUUUGUUUCAUUUGACCUUGGGUGAUGCCUUGGAAGGGACAAUUCCCAGUGACCUGGGAUUGUUGACACUUGAUGGUUUCAGUGUCCGACACAAUGAAGGGAUAUCCGGUACAAUUCCUGAGGAACUAGGCGAUCGUUUCAUUCCGCAUGUAUAUGUGGAUGGUACAAAUCUGACAGGCACGAUUCCUGAUCAAUGGUGCAAUGCAUCCAUUCUUGCUAUUGAUUGUGCUCAGCUAUGUGGUUGUGACUGUCCCUCCUGCGGCAUGGAGGAUUUGGGGAACAAAACUGCUAGGUGA